AUGUCGUCUUCUGCGAGUAGCAGCAACCCUCACAAAAGAUCGCGCAAGACAUCAACUAUCGCCAGCGAAUCAUCCUUGCCGACAUCCGUGAUCUCGGAGCGCACAUCUACCUACGACAAAGUCGCAUCGGAUGUUCUUAUGGACAACGACAUCUACGGGCCAUCAUACUGCGUAGAUCCCGCCAACAAGGCAGCCCUGCAGGCUACUUUGGACCGUGAUCGGAGGUCGCUAUCUCCGACUGUGUAUCCGGACAGCAUUUUCCCCAAAUUCGUGCGCGCAAAUCACGAAGCGCUCAAUGAGGGCCAGCUUGUCUCGGAGGUUGUGCAUCCUUACUUCACCAGCUACUUUGACCAUGUUAGAUCCACAGAUCUAGCCUUUUCCAAUCUGGAGCCAAUCCUUCGACCUCCGGCCAGAAUGCCACCUCCCAAGCCUGAUCACAGCUUUGGCAUUUCAAAGGAAGACAUCAAGCCUGCGGUCCGCGAUGCCCUCAAACCCUACAUCGUAUGCGCAAAUGGUUCCCAUACCCCUGCCGCUGUCAACGACAUGAUGCAAGUCAAAGGCCGCGAUGGCAAGACUUCAGUAUUGGAGUCCCAAAUCACUUUGGAUGGCGCAUUUGGAGAGCGAGCGAUGCACAAACUUCAUUCCUAUGCGAGAGGAUCGGACCUUCCACCGGAUGGAGUCGCCCACGCCUUCGUGCAGUCUUAUCACGCUGGCACAAUGAAAUUCCAUGCCGUGCACAGGCAGCCCAGUGCUACCCCCGAUGGGCCAGAUCGAAUCUACACCACGGAAAUUGCGGGCCAAUAUCUUUGUGGCUCUCCUGCCCAAUUUCGCGACGGCUUGAAGAAGUACCGAAACAGCGUGGAAUACGCAGCUCAAUGUCGGCGUCGAGCAGUGGAGGCUGCGAAUGCACGAGCUGAGCAGGCAGUCGUGGAAAGCGAAGCUGGCGGAGAUGAAGAAGGCGAUGAAUUCUAUGACCUCGUAGAUUGAUUCUGCAAUUCCAAGAAAUUCCU